UUUUUAAUGGAUUCCUAUCAGUAUUUCUAUCAGUAAUCCCAAGUGACAGUUAUAUGGAUGAUUCGCAAUGAUGAACAAAUUUUCUCUUGACAGGUCUGGCCAUGUACUACCGGAUGCCGCUCCCGACGUCGAUCACUUUCUUUAGUGUCCCUUGAGUCCAGCAACGAAUUGUCACUGCAGUUGGAAGCAAUCGAAGUUAUAAUUUUAAGAGAAAAACAUACAAACACAGUCGGACCACAAAUGGUCAAUCACAUGAUGAGCGCACAAAAUGAAUCCGAGGUGGAGAGCCUACUGAUGAGCCCCUGCUGGAACCAAUCGAGCAGCGGUCAGGACCAGUAUCUGCUCGAUGGCGAAAAGCUACUGAUGGAUACCGAUCUGGAAUCGCUGCCGAGUGAUUCCGAAACGCAAAAGAAUUCGAUGGACGUGCUGGAGAAUCUGCUGCUGAACUCGACUUCGAUCAACAGUAACAGCUCCAGCAACGACGGGGAUGUCAAACCGCUGCCCUCGUUUACCUCGUUCAAUACGGGCCAUUUGUCGAUCAAUGGCAUUUCGGGGUAUUCCUACACGGCGAUUGCGCAGCGGUUGCCAGAGGAGAACAACAACUACCCGCAGAAUUCAUUCACGAAUGGGGGAAACAGAGGGAACAACGGCGAUAACAACAUUGUAUCGUCAUCGACGUGUCUACCCGAUUCAGUGUUAAAUCCGGAUGGGAAUGGAAGGGACAGUUGCCUGCAGGAUGUGAAACUGUUUUCGGACAGUUCGAUCGAUGGUAAGAUCUACUCGGCCAAUGCAGAUGGGUGCGUGAUAAGUGGGGCGGAUUCGGUUUCCACGGCGAAGAUAUUUGUCGAUUCCAAAGAGCUGUCCGAGUACGACAUGAGUUCGAUUGAAGACAUAGCAGCGAUCAUAGGGUCGGCCAUUGCGGACACGACGGUUCCGAACAAUAAGGUUGAAAAAGAGGACGGGAACGAUACGAGGGAUUCGUGGAUGGAUUUGGAUGCCUGGAUCGAGGGAACCUGUACAACGCCCGAUAGUAAGCUGAUCGUAUCUCAGCAAGAUUCCCUCAGUGAACUAAUCCUACCUCACUCGCCGGGGCACACGUCCGGUUCGACGUUACAGAGUUUGCUAACGCAUACCUACAUGCCUCUGCUGCAGAAUCGGUUACAGAAUGGGCCACCGAUCAAGUUGGAAACCCCCUCUUCGACGUCCUACUGCGGCGAGCUGAUAUCGACUUCAACUAGUCCACCAGGUUCGGUAGUUUCUACAACCGAGAACCUGAUCCUAAACGGAAGGUACCUGCAAAAUCAUCAAAAUGCUCACUUCGCUCUCAAUAUGGGCAUCAAAUCGGAUGGCUUGUGUAGUCCCGAGCUCUUAGGCAAUUACCCGCAUACCACUACCACGACCCCAACGACACCAAAAAAUAAGCGACGACCUCACAAACAGGCCAAAACCAAUGGCCACGGUCACCAACAGGUGCACCAAGCUCAAUCUCAACAAUCGCAGCAACAGCAAUCUUCCAUGCACCAGCAAUCCCACCAGCAGCAGCUUUCCGCCGUGGCAGCUGCAGCAGCAGCGGCAGCCGCCCAAUCACAAGCGGCUAUGAACUUUGCCGGUGCCAGUGACCUUCUACUCGGUAAGGACAAACCCGUCCACCGGUGUAACAUCUGCAAUCGGGGGUUUCUGAACAAAAGCAACAUCAAGGUACACCUGCGAACUCACACCGGCGAAAAGCCGUUCCGCUGCGAAGUGUGCGCCAAGGCCUUCCGACAAAAGGCACACCUUAUCAAACACCAGCAGAUACAUAAACGGAUUGGGAGGGAUUGACCAUUAGCAGCAGUGGUGGUAUCGACGACCUCCGCCGGCUCCGGAUCAGGUCCGGGUCGAAAAAGGUCUUCUUCCUCCUACUGCGCCCA